AUGGAGGUAAAAAACAAAACAAAAUCGUUUCUUGGUGUUAUACUUACUGAUCCAUCGAUGAAGCUAUCUAUUAUUUUUAUUAUUGUCUCUGGAAUAAUAUGGUUUUUUCCAUUUUAUAAAGCUCUUUUGUAUAUAAUUUUUAAAGAUUAUUCUAAUAUAUCUUCUGCUAAUAAUAAAUUUUAUGAAUACAUUACAAAUAUAGUAAUUAUUAUUACAUAUUAUUAUAUUUUACGUAAAAAAAACAUUGGUGGUACAGCGAAAAAUGUUUUAGUGAAUAAAAAUAAAUUGAAAGGAAAACGUAUUUUAGUAACUGGUGGGUAUAAGGGUAUAGGUUUAGCAGCUGUUAGGGAAUUUUUAAAAUUUGGUUGUGAAAUUAUUUUAGCUUGCAAAUCAAUAAAACACAUGGAACUAGUUCGUUCAGAUUUAUUGACAAAAUUUCCAGAUGCUAAAAUUUAUUGUGUUGAAUUAGAUUUAGGAAGUUUUCAAAGUAUAGAAAAUUGUUCAAAGUAUAUAUUAAAUAAUUUUUCCAAAAUAGAUAUAAUAGUUAAUAAUGCUGGGUUUUUGAACCAAAAAGUCGAAUAUAUUAAUAGAUUAGAAUCAUCAUUUUUCAUUAACUAUUUUGGUCAUUUUUAUUUAACUAAGUUAAUGUAUGAACUUAUCUUGUCAUCUGACACAUUAAUUGUUAAUUUAAGUAGUAUAGCCCAUUGUAUAUUAAAGGAAUCAGAUGUAAAUUAUGAUUUUAUCUAUGAAAAAAAUUCAAAAAAUACAAAAGUAAAUUUACUUUACAGAAAAGAAUAUAACUUUUCUAAAUUAUGUAUGCUUUACUUUACACAACAAUUGCAAAAAAGAUUAGAAAAUGAAAAAACAAAAGCUUGCUCAGUAUCAAUUAAUCCAGGUCUAGUUAAAACAGAACUUUUCAGAUAUGAACAUUUUUGUUUUCGACCAUUAUGUAAAAAUAUUUUUUUUGUCAAAACACCUUUACAAGGAGCCCAAAGCAUUUUAUAUGUAUGUUUAUUAGAUAGAGAAAAUUUGGCAAAAGGGUGUUAUUAUUCAGAUUGCAAAGUAGAUUACAUUAGAACCUAUGCAAAUAAUCAAAAAAAAUCAGAGGAAUUGUGGGAAAUUUCUGAAGAAAUAUUAAAAAAUAAAACAAAAUAUUGUUCAAACAAUUAA